GUUCCAGGAGCCCGCCUCGGUGCGCACAAAGGCCCUGCGCGCGGGCCUGGCAACUUCGAGUCGGGUCAGGUGGCUCCGGCGGGGGCGGGGGCGGGAGAAGGAAGGGAGGGAUGCGGCGAGGCCCCCCUUCCCGCCGCCGCCAUCAGCGAAAGCCUGCGAAUAGCGUGGGAUUAAACAGAUCAACCGAGACCCGUGGAGAGCCCCCUCCCUUUCCUCCCUUCUCCCUCGUCACACCGCCUCGCCCCCGCCUCCGCGCCAGGCCUGUCAUUCCUGCAGAAAGGGGAGGGGCCUUGGCCCACAUCUGGGAACUACUGGCUCACAGGCUCUUGACCCUUGACCCGGCCCUCGUUGGUAGGGUAGGAGGAGUGGAGGGGGAGGGUCUUGAGCUGCCGCAGACCCUUCCAGCAUGCAAGGGGGUGGAGAGGAGUUUAAAGGCCAGAUGCAGGGGGCUUCGUACAGAUGUGGCUGUCCAGGAGGGCAGGCGGCCUCUAGCUUGAGGGAGGAGGGGACAUUUUUGCUGGACUGGGUGUACGGGCUCCAGCCCAACCUCUGCAGCCUCCAAAUGAGUCAUAGCUUCUCAUUUCCAGCUUGGAUGGUCAAGGGAGCUUGGAGACCCCGGCCCUGGCCUCAGGCAGGGAGGGUACAGACCCUUCCCACCCAGCGCCAGCGACCCCAAGCUUCUCUCCUGUGGGCAGCUGGCCCUGCAGUGGAGCCUCCCCAUCCCUCCCAUGGGGAGGGGGGCACAGACUGAAGCAGAUAGGGCAGAUACCUGAUGCCACAGGGGAGGGGCUCCCAUAGCCCACUCAACUCCCCCUCCCCUCUCAGGACACUUUGCUGACUACUUUGUCCCUGUGAUUAGGGGGUAGGAGCAUAAACACAGACUCCUGCACUCACACACUCAAAGCCUGGGGUCUCCAGCUGGAGAUGCCCUCAUCCCACCUGCACCUGGUGCCCUGUCUCAUGGGGCCUGCUGUAUGGGGGGAGCACAGCAGCUGAUGGGGAGGGGGAGAUCUUCCCCUCCUGGCCUUGCUCCUUUGUGGCAGUGGGGGGCGGGACCCCCGCCAUGCCUGAGUGCUGAGGGCCAGAGCGGUCACCACAAAGACAGCAAUUGUGAGCCUGGCCUGGUGCACAAUGGGGCAGGGGCCUCGUGGGGGCCUGGGGCCCUUCGCAUGGAAAUGAGCCCACAGCCCUCUUCCUGGCCUCACCCGCUCCUCUCCAGCCCCAUCACAAGGCAGACAGACCUCCUGACAGUUCCAGAGGCAGAGCUUAUUUUGGAUCUGGGCCCUAGGCACCAGGGUGGCCUGAGCUGCAGGGGUGAAGACAGAAGUGCCCAUGAAGGGAGCACAGAGAUGGAGCCCACCUUCUCAUCCUCUUCUCUCGCCUUUUCCUGAUCUGGAAAGUUCAGGCUGGGUUUGGCAUCGGCUGUGGGGGCUUCUGGUGCCUGUGUCAGGCAGAGCAGGGGCCUCCUGGAUGGCCACGUGCUGACCUGCCCCGUCCCUGAUGAUUGCUGGCUCCUGGGACUAAACCCAGAGGAGCCUAGUGUACCGCAAGGUCUUCACCACUCACAGCGGGAGGAGGAAGAGAAUCGGGCAAGAAUUCAAUUUUUUGCUUGGCCCGGUCUGUUCUCUGCAUGAUGAGGAGGCAAGGUUGAAAAGCCCCUCUGCUCCGGCCAGGGCUCUGGGCCCAGUCCACUCUCUCCUUAGUUGGGCCAGUGGGCAGGUGGGAGUGGACCUGAUCACACACUGACCCCAGGACCGGGCUGGAUCGGCUGCCGGGUGCCGCAGUCCGCUCUGCCCUGCCUCCACGGAGUCCAGAGCCCCGACGAGAGGCGUGCCCCUGGCUCCCGGGUCGCUGGAGUGCUGCCGGAGGAACAGCGAGACCAAGCCCGCGGCAGUGCUGGGCUCUGCCCGUCAGGUUCCCACGCAGGGCGUCUGCUGCCACCGCGGAUGCCCACAGACAUGGGAGCUGCCACUUCCACACGGGCUGUGAGUUCCCAGAAAAGCCCAGGGACUAGGUCCACCUUGUGCUCGGGCACAGGCAUCAGGCUGGGUCCAAAACCAAGGUGCCUUCAAGAGGGUGGGCAUGGGGCCGCACUUGUCAGUGAGGGGACCCAGGGGGCAGAGCAACAGUGCGCCCAGGCCUCGGCACGUGCCAUCGCAGUCUUGCCGCAGCUUCCACUUCUGGCCACUCCCACGAAAAGGGACAAGACCCAGAGCGACAUCUUACAGGCAUCAGCUGCAGACGCAGACCAGAGAGGAGGGAGCUCCGGGAGCUGGGCUCCCUGCUUGGUGGGCCUCCAGGGGCGGACGCCAGGCGGCCGAGUAGCACCUCGAGGGCACGCUGGGCCGAGAAGGCAGGGAGCGGGAAGGGACCCGGGACCUCUCCCAGAGACCGGGGAUCCUACUUACCAUGACUGUCACGAGGAGAGAGGUGGCAGGCCGCCCCUGCUGAAGGGAAGGGCCCCUGCGAAACCCCGGCACAGAAGGCCCGGUCGCAGCUUCCCAGGAGGCCUGCUGGACACCCUCGCCCCGGACCCAGUAGAGGCAGCCAGGGACACGCACGCACAGCCACGGCCCAGCCCCAUGCCAGAGCCGACAGACAGUCGAGGUGGCAGAACGGCAGACCAGGGAGAGAGGUCCUGGCCAAGUCAGCAGGUCAAACCGCAGUGACAGAGGGGACCGCCCCACCCCAGGGAAAGCGUUUUGCCACGCGAAACCCGUGCCGUCACACAGACACACGAGAUCACCAGAUUCACAUCCACUGGGACAAACUCCGCCGCCUGGAAGUCUGCACAGAGACUCUGCUCUCCCCUGGGGCCCUGGAGCAGGCCAGGACACUUCUGGCCCUCCGGGAGGGACUCCCCCACUGGUGAGGGGACGGUCACCAUGUCUACCAGCCUGUCCACGCCACCACCAAGUCCAGCACUGGAGAAGUGUGUGCGGAGCCCGGGUCGACGGGGGCGGUGCCCAGGCUGACAGUCACUGCUGAGGUCACACUGGGCCAUCAGCACUCAGACGCUCCACAGCAGAGCCGCACGGUGCUCGGCAAGCCACCUGAGCAGGAGUGGGCCACGUUCCUGCAGCGCAGUCGGCAAGAGGACGGACGGGGGGACGCCACCCACGGCCCAGGGCCACUCAGGGGUGUGAUCGAUUGAAAGAGGCCAAUUUCUUAUAGGAUAGAGCAGGUGCCUCUCCUGUGCUCCCGCUGUCCACUCCAGGCGUUCAGCCCAGAGGGAGGCCCACACGUGUCCACCCCAGGACAGUAGGCUGCACAGCAGGAUGCUGGGCAGCAAGAAACAGGGCAGAGCCAUGAUUCACCCACGUGGGGACCCCUCUGCCCACCACGUGCAGUCACAGAGCAGGCAGAACUCCAGCGAGAGGCCCAGGCUGGAAGCGCUGGCCAGGAGGGCCCAGCUCGGGGGCCAUGGAGUGUUGGCCCUGCGUGGGGUCAGGGGUCCCACAGGCGCAGCUUGGAAGGCCAUGUGGAACCUGCCCUCCAGGCCGACCCAGCACCCCAGCCAAUUACCCGAGGGCCUCCUGGAAGGAGCUGCUGCUCACCAGGGCUCUGCCACGGCAGGGAGUGAGAGCCAGGCCUGCCCACAGUGGCUCCCUGGUCCCCCUCAUGCUGGCCAUGCUGGUGGGUGUGAUGGCACCACACGGUCCCAAUUUGCAUUUCCCUGGCUCUGCGGGCACGUGCGGGCUGACAGAGGGCACCAGGCGGGGCCCCUGCCGUCUCCGAGGCCUCAGACAGACCUGCCUGCAGCAGGACCCAGGGUGCGGUCCCGAGGCCUCGCAAGCUGGCUGUGUGUGGGUCACGCUGCAGUUGCCCGCAGAGCCCGAGAGUCUGCUGGAACCAGCAGCGGGGCCCUGCAGCACCUGUCACCACCGCAGUCAGUGCCAGGGUGGCCUUGGCAGGUGUUCCUGUGCAGCGAUGGAACCCAGCGUGCUCCGUGGGUGGCACCGCUUCCAGGGUGCCUGUCGUGCAACGCGGUGGCCCUGGGGAGAGGAGUGCUUGCACUCGCACCCGAGGUUGAGAGUGUCCUCAGCCCGCAGUCUUGCCGGACACUGGGAGGUGCUCCACACGCACGUCCACCUCCCUGGGUGCACAGCUGCCGGGCCCACGCUGGGUGUGUUGGGGGUAGGCAGUGGUGUGCUGUGGAUGACCGCUUGAGGAGCACUGGCCUGCCCAAAUCCAGCACUUUUCACCUCCCUUUCUCCACAAGGUCAUUGGGAGUGGUUCUGUCUUGCUGUGCAACAGGUUUAAAAAUUGUGAGAUAAGCCAGGUGCCCUGGCCACGCCUGUGAUCCCAGUGGCUCCGGAGGCUGAGGCAGGAGGAUCACAAGUUUGAGGCCAGCCUUAUUGACUUAGUGAUGCCCCAUCUCAAAAUAUAAAAUAAAAAAGGCGGGGGAAGUGGCUCAGCAGUUAAGUGCCCUGGGUUCAAUCCCCAGCACCAAAAAUAAAAAAUAAAUACAAAAAUCUAAAAAUCAUGGGAGACACAGUGAUCUGGAGAGACAGCUACGAGGGCCGCCUGCCUGGACCGCGGGCAGUGGAGGUGCUCUCACGACACCUGAAUGGCUCAGCGUCCAACUCUGUGGACAGAUACAAGCCACAUCUGCUGCUGUUCUGUAGAGCACUUUUAUUUUCCAACACGGAGGAUCCCACAGGAGGCUGCAGAGUGGGCAGCCACUCGUCCCAUGUCUUCUACCAGCCCUUCUCUCUCGGUCUCUCCUGGACACCUCCUGUCCACACCCCGGCAGCAGGGCUGGCCUGUGGCGAAGUCAGGAGGGGGGACGGGGCAGGAGAGGCAUCCGUGCCCUUGAAGUAGGGUGUGAAGCUCUCUGGGAGCGAGUGCUGUCCCCAGCCGCUCUCCCGUGACGCUCGCCGAGCCUCUGGGCGCUGAGGAGUGGUGGCUUCCUCACUGCGGAUCAGUUAUCUGUCCACAGAACCAGACCUGCCCCAGGACUUAGCAGCCCCCACCAGCACACGUUCAUCUCCUCACAGUGGGGAACAGGGAGGGCCCCACGGGGCGGCUGAGGCUCGGGGUGGUCCAGAGGCUGCACAGGGAUGAGGGUCCUUCGGAUGGCAGGUGCCACGGCUGGCAGGACCUGUGAGCGUCCUCACAGCGUGAGCGUGGAGGAUGCCCGCGCUCCUCCGUCCCUGCACUCGUCAGCACUCGCCAGGCAGGAGUGUGGGCCGUGUUGGGAACCACCCUCGUGUGCAGAUGGCACUGUGCCGCAGGCUGCACUCCGGUGACCACCCGUCCUCAGCCGGCAGGGGAAGCCUGGGAGCACUGGGUCCUGAGUCCUGCCGAGUGGCUGCGGCUGGCGAUGGUGGCCACUUCCUCACUCCAGGGCUGAGACCCUGGGUGGGUGCUCGUGCUGUGCCUCUGACCGGGGCGCACUGCCUGGGUGUCUGCUGGAAUCACCUGAGGAGUUCUCAAAGCUGCCUCCCGGCCCCCGACCAGGGAACUCCAUCUAGAAGGCAGGGCUCCCGGGUCUGCAGCGUGAUGCUGCCCGCGGAGGUGCCCAGAGCCCACCGGCUCUCAAGGCUACACCAGCACCCACGUCAAGAAAGGAGAUGUUUUCGUCUUGGCCUUGUGACUUUAAAAAGUUAAUUAAAUCAGGGAAUUUUUAUUCUAGUCUUUAUUAAUUUUAAUCAGAGUCAGGUUUAUGCUAUUUAUCUCUUGAGUCCUACUGAGCUUUUUAAAAAUGGCCUAGCAGAUGGUCACUUCUGGGGGACCUUCUACGGUCUACAUGUCUGUGUCCCCUCCCAGGUCCAUAUGCUGAGACCCUCCUCCUAAGGUGAUGGUUUUGGGACGUGAGUAGAUCCUGAUGGUGGAGCCUCAUGGAGGCUCCUGGCCCUUCCACCAGGUGAGCCGCAGUGAGAGAGCCCGCUCCUCCAGGCAGCAGGACCUCACCAGGCCCCACACCUGCCAGCGCCUGGAUCUGGACCCCACGGGCUCCCAAACCUGGGGCAAUAAAUAAAUUCCUGUUGUUUUCACACCCCCUGCCCAGCUCUGGGAGUCCUGCUGGGGUGGCCAGGAUGGCUAAGACUGGCCCUUGGCCCCCCGGGUGCAGGUUUUACCCUGGGGCACGUCUGUGAGGCCUCUCAGGGUCUUUGCUUUUUCCUCCUUCAGCCCUCGUGCCACUCCCACGGGCACACGUCCAAUCCCCAGACAGGUCCUGGGGAAUUAGCCGCCUGCUGCCCAGGGCUGGCAGCCCUGGCCACCCAGUCCCAGGUCCAGCUUCAGGCCACCUCGAGGAGGCCCCUUCCUCCUGGGAAAGCUGCUGACAGGCCACUCCCUGGCCAUCCCAAGCCCGCGGCUCCAGGUCAGCUCACCUGACCCUGGUCGCUGAUCAUGGACGCAGAGAGGGGUUUUCCAAAAGAUUUAUUGAGCCACAUUUUAAUUCACUUCUCUUAAGUUGAUUAAAGUGUGCCUUUUGAUUCAUGCUUUUAAA